UCCGAAGGAAAAAGGAAAAAGUUCGUCUUUAGCUUGUUAUGGCCAUGGAACUCUUCUCUCUUCAAAUUCUCCUCUACUUUGCCUUCUUUUCAGUCUCCCUCUACUUCUACUUCUACACUUCAAACAAAAAACCCGUUAACAAAGGCUUCAAACAUUACCCCAUUGUAGGAGUCUUACCGGAUUUCAUCAAAAACCGGCACCGCUUCCUCGACUGGUCAACCGAAAUUCUUCAACGUUGCCCCACUAACACUGCUACUCUGUCCCGUCCAGGCAAAGUGCGUGGCGUUGUCACGGCGAAUCCAUUGAACGUCGAGCAUGUUUUAAAGACCAACUUUGAGAACUACCCAAAAGGGGAUCGAUUUAUCCUGAUUCUCGAAGAUUUUCUCGGCCGAGGAAUCUUUAACUCCGAUGGAGAGCUAUGGAAAGUCCAGAGGAAAACUGCUAGCUACGAGUUCAACACAAGAUCCCUCAGAAAUUUCGUUCUCGAAAGCGUUAGGUCAGAGAUUCUUACAAGGCUAGUUCCGAUUUUAAGCAAAGCAUCGAAAACAGAAGAAUUAUUGGAUUUACAAGAUAUUCUAGAGAGGUUUGCCUUUGAUAACAUAUGCAAAGUGGCUUUCAACGUUGAUCCGGGUUGUCUUGAUGGAGAUGGCACCAGUCGUUCGGACUUUAUGCGUGCAUUUGAAGAUGCAGCCUGUCUUAGUGCUGAGAGAUACAGAUCUCUGUUACCACUCAUUUGGAAAACCAAGAGGUUCUUUAACAUAGGCUCAGAACGAGUACUGAAGAAAUCAAUAGCAACAGUUCAUGAAUUUGCGAACGAUAUUAUUCGUUCAAGAAUGGAAUCAGAAGCAGAGAACUUGGAUGAAGAUUUAUUAUCACGGUUUAUCGGAAACGGCAAUCACUCACUCGAAUUUCUCCGAGAUAUUGUCAUAAGCUUUAUUCUUGCAGGCCGAGACACAACAUCUUCCGCUUUAAGUUCCUUCUUUUGGCUAUUAUCUUCCCGUCUAGAUGUUCAAGAAAAGAUUUUGAAGGAGCUGGAGUCGAUCCGGGCCUUAAAUAAAAAAAGCAUCGGCGAUAUUUACAGUUUCGACGAGCUGCGAGAUAUGCACUAUUUGCAAGCAGCGAUAUCUGAAACGAUGCGAUUGUACCCGCCAGUACCGGCCGACACGAAAACGUGCAUGAAGGACGAAGUGUUGCCGGACGGUACAUUUAUCAGCAAAGGAUGGUUUGUUAUGUAUCAUGCGUAUGCGAUGGGGCGAAUGGAGAACAUAUGGGGGAAGAAUUGCUGUGAGUAUUCGCCGGAAAGGUGGCUGGAAAAUGGGAUUUUUCGGCCGGAAAAUGUGUUUAAGUUUCCGGUGUUUAACGCGGGGCUGAGAAUAUGCCUGGGCAAAGAAAUGGCGUAUAUUCAGAUGAAAUCGAUUGCAGCAAGUGUGAUAGAGCGGUUUGUGAUUGACGUACAGAACAAGGACAAGUAUCCUGAACAUCUGUUAUCUUUGACUCUGAGGAUGAAAAAUGGAUUAUCAGUGAGACUGAAGGAAAGAUGUGUGGCCGUGAUCAAUUAAGGCACAGGAGUUAACAUGGUCUUGCCCUCUGAGGAUGAGUCCCUUUUAUUUAUUAAAAGAACAUUAGCCGUGAAUUAAAAUAUCCAGACAAUUGGAGUUCACAUGGUUUUGUCAGGAUUAAAAAAAGAGUGAAACAAAAGUUCUCUGUGUCACUGUUGUCUGUGCCAGGCUUUUAUCUUGAGUUUGUAUUUUUUCUAAAGAUAAAUGUUAUCUUAUUUAAAAUACGUAUCUGAUAAAUUUUACUUUAAUAA